AUGAUCGCGACCGCCGCGGAAGGCGUUACUCGUCGCGCUCACCCCCACCGCCAUCCUCGCGUCGCUACCACCCGUCGGACCGCGAUCGCCGAGACCGAGACCGUGACCGAGACCGAGACUACGACGACUACGACGACUACGACGACGACCGUCGGUAUCGUUACUCGCGAGAUGAUGAUUACUACUCAAGUCGAAGGGAGCGUUCCUACACGCCCCCGCGGCGAAGGCGAUCCGAUUCCUAUCACCGACACGACGAUCGACGAUCGACCCGUCCCCGAGAUGACCGAGACCGUGACUCAUUGACGCCGGGACCGACCGCUUCCUCCUCCCGUCGAGAUCGUGACCGGUCACCACCCCGAGGAAGACCCUCCGCACCCCUGCCUCUGCCAUCUAAAUCAUCUGAUCCCAAGGUGACCUCGUCGUCGAAGACGCCCGUCUCCCCCGAGAAGCGCGCCUCGUCGACAGCACUUGCGAAGCCAGUUCGCACGACGCAGCCGAGCAGUCCUCGCAAACCGAUUGUACCUUUCCACUACAAGCCCUUGGGGGCAAAGGACUACUUUGUGCUGUACGACCCAGAGACCGACAAGAGCAAGAAAGGCAAGGAGGUGCUGACGCGCUACGACGGCGAAGGCAUCGAUGCGAGUCACGUGACGGACCCUCGACGCGAGGAUACCGAGUCAAUCGAGCGUCGCGCGAAAGCUCUUGAGCGCGCAAAGCGACCCCUGAGGCGGCUGCAUUAUCUUGUCAGUCUUGGUAAUAUCAUUCAGACCGCUUGAUUUUUGCUGACCCAUCGCGAGCUCGCAGUGGGACAACAACUCGAUCGGAUCCGCGCCUUCGAGAGCACCCUCGGCGGUUCUCGUCACUGGGUUCCCUUCGCAAACGACGAUACAAGAUUUACGCAAGUCGUUUGUGCUCUAUGGUCGCAUCGAAACUCUUGAUGUCAAGAUCGAUCGACGUACGGGAGGCAAUCUCGGCAUGUGCUGGAUCAAAUACGUCGAUGAUUGCCCCAUGACCGAUGCCGAGGAAAAGGUCAAGAAGCAGUAUCAGGCCAAUCUUAAGGCGGGCAAGGCGCAGAAUGGGAAUGCCUCUGCGGUGAACGCGGUCGAAAAGGGGAACGGGUCGCAGGUUGGGAUGAGGAUGCUGCUCGAUGGCUCGCGUAUCAAGGUCGUCAUCGACAAGGACGGGUCCAAGUGCAGGGCGGCGUAUGAUGCCGAGCUCAAGCUGCGAUACCCUGCAGCAGCUGCUCCUACAUCGAGCUCGGCGCGAGCAGGAGGUACCGCACUCGAUGCCAAGACUCGACCGUCCAGCUCCACGUCUACGCCUCGAGCUGCGAACGCCAAUGCUUUGCCUCCAUCUUCCGAUGCCCCACCGCCACCGCCACCACCGCCCAUGUUGCCUAUCAAUCAUCCCGCACUACCACCCAAAGCUUCGGCCUGGUCGUUCGCUCAGCCUCGAACCAACGGAGCUGCACCUGUGUUACCGAGUCGACCUGGGCCUGCUCGCUCGAUGAACCCGAUCUCGCCGGCUCAGCAGCGCGGCCGCUUCUCGUCGUACAGCGUUCAAGACGUGAUUGAGCAAGCCAAGAAGCGCAUGAAGCAGAAUCAAGCCAAGGGGCUCAGGCGCGACGGGGACGACGACGACGAAGAGAAGGAUGAUCGACUCGAUGUCGUUUACUCGCCCGUCAAAUCGAGUCGUGCGAGUGGCCUACUCCAGAGUCGUGAUGCUCGACAGACGCCGCUCACUUUCAUGGCCACCGAGCGACAGCUGCAAGAAGCUCUAGCUGCAAAUGGUCAUGCGUUUGUGUCGAUCGACAAGAAGAAGUUUGCCGCGGCGCGCAGACUCCAUCGUGGGGCCGAGAUGAACGCCCGAGAGCUUGAAGGGGUGUUUGACCGGUUUGGACUCGAUCGCGUAAGUUAUUCCUGCAAGUGACAAGUGAUUACCCUGCUUCUGACGGGCCACCCUCCAUUCCUGGCUCUCAGACGCUCUCGACUCAAGAUGCGUGGUUCGUCACAUUCACUUCAAUGACCGGCGCCAAACGCGCGCACGAUCACGGCCAGGGGCGAAUCUUUAUCGCUGGCCCUCUCGACCUCAAACUUCACGACGCCGUAACGAGCAAUGCGACGUCUCCGAGUCGACCCAAAACUUCUUCUGCUCUUGCCAGUGUUCCGUCAAACGCACACGCCACCCUUGCGAAGCCGAAGAAGACGAGCUGGUCCGAUGCAGAGCUGCUCCAGGAGGCGCGCGACAUCGUUGUUCAGGAUCUUUUGGAAGCGUUCCAGAAAGACCUCAAGAGCCGGAUCGUUAUGCCGAAGAUCGUCGAGCAUGUCGCGAGUUGGGAGUCGACGACGGUGGUGCAUGCUACGAGCGCUCCGUCUACCCCUGUCAAGCCGAAGGAAGAAGCCUCUUUGCCGGAAGCAUCAUCUCUUCGAUCUAUCGUGCCGACGGCGAUCCCUACGACCGCUUCGGUGACUACCUCGGCGCUCAAGACAUUGCCUUCAUUCUCUCGGCGCGUCAAGCCACCUCCAGAGGAAGCCAAACGCACUGCCGCAGCGCCGGCAGGACGUGUGUUCCGCGGAGCUUCUUCGCGAGCAAGUUCAGAUUCUCCCUCGGCCUCGGCAUCAGAGUCCGAUAGCGAGAGUGUGCACGCAUCGGUCAACUCGCCGAGUAAACACAGCAAAUCAAAGACCCUGCGCCCAAAGCCGACCGACUCUGACUCCGAUGCCGACGACAGCCAGCGCGAGGAGAUCGCCAAUUCGUCGCCGACUAAGAAGAAGGCACUCGCCAUGCCGAGAACCAAAGGAAAAGUUCCAGCGGCUUACAAAGCCAAGAGGACGCAAUUCGACUACACCAGCAGUGAAGACGAAGCCGAGGACGAGGAGGCGAAGCAACGUCUUUCGACGGCUGACAUUGUAACUCCGGCGCUCGACGCUGCUGUCCCCGUGGUCCAGGAUGUCGACGUUGACGCUGCAUCGACUCGCAACGGUAGCCCCGAGCUCGGCAACCGCGAGUUUCGCUCGCCUGAGCUUCAUGCUCCGCCCAACUCUCGCGGACCUUCUGCCCAGAACCGACUCGCGCGUAGGGGUCAUCAGGACACGUCUAGCCAGACCAGCAGCAAGUUCGCCGGUGCCCGCGAGACGCUGUACGCGGCGCUCAGUUCUGCGCUCGAAAGCCUCCGCCCCAUUUCUUCCGACUUCACCGAGAAAUGCGUCUCCGCCAACUUUGAGCGCAUUCGUCACGCGGCCAAUGGAAAGCCGAUCGCAUCAUGGUCGAAGAGUUCCAAGCCGGAGCUGUACUCCUCCGCGUACCUCAACCCGAUCCCGACGCCAGUGCAGCUUGCUUUGUGGAAGAAGGCCAAAGCCGAUCGCAAGCACGCCCGAAGCGAACGUCGCGCCGAGAAGGUCUGGCACGUCCGACGCGCUGCUGAACGCCUCAUCCCUCUCGACCCUUGGCAGGAUGGCUUGGCGGCCGACGAAGAGGAUCUCUACUACGUCAAGAUGGCGAUCGAGCGUGUGCGAGCUGGGGCGGCGAUGCACCCCACCCCUCCUACUUCGGAAGACGAGGGCGAAGGAGAGGGCGCAGCAAUCAAGGAGAAGCCGAUCCCGGUGCGCAAAGUCCACACGACCGGUGCCGCCAAGACGGAAGGCUACUACCAAGUGUCGGUCGCGGAGAAGAUGGCGAAUCGACCGGCUUACACGGGCAGCAAGACCAAAGUCGCUGCGACGGAUGGUGUCGUUGCUCCUACGCUGACAUCGGGGCAUUCAGUGUCAAGGUCCGCUCGCGCGAAUGUGCGGGGACUGGUCCGCGGUAUGGAGUUGCACAAGAAGGUCACCGAGACCGAUACGGACGUGCUCAAGUUCAACCAGUUGAGGACGCGCAAGAAGCAGCUCACGUUCUCGCGUUCGGGCAUCGAAGGUUAUGGUCUCUUUGCACUCGAGUAAGUUUGCUUGCCGAUCACCAGGCACGAAUGAUUGAGCUGACUAGUCGUCGCCGGCGACUUAUAGACACAUCCCCGCCGGCGAAAUGGUGAUCGAGUAUGUCGGAGAAUUGAUCCGCCAGCAAGUUGCCGAUCGUCGUGAGAAGGCGUACGAGAGGCAAGGUAUCGGUAGUAGUUACCUUUUCCGAGUCGAUGAUGAUUUGGUGGUCGAUGCGACGAAGAAGGGUAACCUAGGGUGAGUUCCCGCUGCUCGCUGUGUCCUCAUUUACGGCCGACAACUCACACAUUUUUGCACCCAGCCGCUUGAUCAACCAUUGUUGCGCGCCCAACUGCACGGCCAAGAUCAUUACCAUCAACAGCGUCAAGAAGAUUGUCAUUUACGCUAAGACGGACAUUGAGCCGGGCGAAGAAGUCACUUAUGGUCAGUGGACGCGUCUUGCCUCGAAUCAGGAUCGGAAAAUUAUCGCUGACGACUUUUUCUUCAGAUUAUCAUUUCCCUCAUGAAGAGGUCAAGAUUCCUUGCCUGUGCGGCCACCCGCUGUGCCGCAAAUACCUCAACUGA